AGUUAUCAUUUACGAUUUACUAAAUCAAAUUUAAAUUUCAACAAAAUGUUCAAAUUCAUCACUGUUAUCUUCGCCUUGAUUGCGUGCGCUGCUGCCAAACCCGGUUUGAUUGGUGCUCCUUUGGCUUAUACUGCUCCCGCCGCUGCUGUAGUAGCUGCCCCUGCUGGUGUUGUUACUGCCACCAGUAGCCAAUAUAUUGCCCGUAACCACAAUGGUAUUGCUACCGCUCCCAUUGUAGCUCCAGUAGCUGCCCCUGUUGUUGCCAAGACUGUUGCCUACACUGCUCCUGUAGCUGCUGCUUACACCGCCCCUGUGGUAGCCAAAUACGCUGCUGCCUAUAGCCAUCCUUUGGCUUACUCUGCUCCCGUUGUUGCCAAAUAUGCCGCCGCUUACUCUCAUCCUUUGGCCUACUCAGCUCCUUUGACUUAUGCUGCCGCCCCAGCUCCAGUUUUAUUUUAAAAACUGCUUCUCCAGAUAAAUAGUUGUUGUGAUUUUAUGAAUAAAAUAAAAAUAAUUUAUUAAAACAAAAUA